CUUUAUUUUCGCCUUCGUCGCCUGAACAGCAACAUCGAUGGCGUGACCUCCUGCACUCUUACCAACCAAUAAUAUUGGCUUCUGCAUCGGACGAUAUUGAAAGUUAUUUUUACUUCCUCUCUUAAAGGAGUCUCUGGAAUACAUGCUUCAGUGCUGUCAGCAUACUGUUAAUAAUUUGUAGAUGAGUUAUGGAAGAAAAUGAGAAAGGUGAAAGUGAAGUGCAGACGGUGUUCAUCUUUCCUCCUGUCAGAAGAAUCACUUGUUGAUAUAGAUGCAACAUCCUUCAAUGUGAAAAGUGAGGAUGGCCAGCAGAUCUGUGAGGAGCAGGUGAAGACUCAUCUGUUUCUGUUGGUAGAUUUAUUACCUGAAUGGGUCACAGCAGCUGUAAUAAAGUCCUUAUACUCCAGUGGAAAGAUCACCUGUCCCAAGUGUGGCGGUCGCUUAGGCUCAUUCAAUUUUCUUCGGCAGGCCUGCAUGUGUGGUUGUGGGAAACGUAAUUUGUCUCCUGUGCAUUUUCUGAGAGAUCGCAUUGAUAUGAUGUACAUGGACUUUGCAGUGAAUACCAGUCUUUCUAGUGCAGGCCCCUCUCUUUUUCACCUCACGGGAGAGCUCACAAAUGUUGCUAGGAGUGCUGGUAUUCCAGUAGAGCUGCAGGAAGUGUUUUCUUUUAAGGAGAAACAUACAAGUUUUUCUGCCUUUUCGGAGUUGAAAUUGAACCCAGAGUUAAGUGAUAUGAUAGAGGAUUUAGAUGCAAAACAUUUGAAGGUUUAUAAAGAUUUGAAUGACAACACAAGCACAAGGGACAGAAUACAGGUUUUAGCUAGAACAGAAACAGACAGUGACAAAGCAGACCUAGGUCCACAAAGUCUUUCUGUUGCGUAUAGAUGCAGACAGCAUCACUCUUUUUCUGAUGACCAAAGAUCAGGAAAGAUCAGAACUUUGGAACAGGCUUGUGUUUUGCAGCAAAGCAGCCCUCUGCUUGAGAGAGGAGGGGGUUUAAAUAGAAGGAAGGAUGCAGACAUUGUAUAUGAAGUUCCAGCACUUUCUUGUGAUAUGGCAACUGGCAUGAAAAUUGUUCAGGGUCAUAGAAGUCCAGUGGCUUCAGAUGCUGCCUUGCAUACAAAAAAUCUGUCUAAAGAUACACUUCAGAGAAGUUCUGAGAAUAUUAACAGAAAGUGUUUUCACAGUUGCAUGUUUAGAAUGCACUUGCUUGAUGAUGAGGAUCAAAGUAUUUCUCCUUGCCAAAGAGAAUCACAUAAUAUGGACAGCAGCAGUGCACAUAAUUACAUGUGUGUAGGCACUGCAGUGCAGACCUAUGAAGAAAAACACCAGGAAAUGUUUCCUGCAAACCAAAAGCUGUUGUGUUCAGGUUCUUCCAUGGCCUCUACUUCAGAAGUUGAAAAAGAACACAGUUUAAUGUCAUUGUCUCAGUGUCUUACUUUUGCAGAGGGCAACUCAGAUGAAGUAGUUUGUCUGAAUGUAAUGCAAAAUGUAGCUACAGAUGAUGAGGUCUGCAUAAGUUCAUGCAGUAGUAGGUAUAAUGGUGGGCAUUCUGACAGGACUAGAGAAGAACUUACAGAGCAUACCUCUAGACAUGAUGUGGGGCCCUUGUUGCACAGUAUUAACGCACAAACAACCUAUUCAGAAAAGAAGGCAUCAGUCACUGAUUCAGAGCACACUGUGCAAGAACUACACAAAAGAAACAAAAAAAAGCAUUCAGCAUAUAAUGAUUGCAGUGAUCUGGAUUUGCUGCACAAGUGCCUUAACAAUGUGUUGUCAUCAUCGUCAUCAUCUGAUAAAUGUGCCUUCCAUCAGAAAAAUUCUCUUGAAGAUCGUGCAGACAUACACUGCUUCAAAGAAGAAACGGAAGAGUCAGGAGGAUUCAAAAGUGAAAACAGGUUCCAGGCUCUUCAGGAGGUUGAUUAUGACUAUGGAGCCAGAAGAGUUUCAGAAGUGGCAGACAAAACUGUAGGACCGAAAGGGGCUACUUUGAGAGAAAGAAAAACUCUUAAAGAAAGAAUGGAAGAAGCCAGAGUAACAGAGACAGUCAUCCUGGAAUCAGAAGAGGUUCCACUAGAAUUUACCUGUGCAGUUUGUCUUGAAGUUAUGCUAUGCCCUCACACUACCCUGCCAUGCAGACACGAUUUUUGCAGUUCUUGUCUGCGACAACUUGCAGUCAGCACACCAGUGGGUACAAAGUGUCCACUUUGUCGUGAGAUCAUUGUCAAGUGCAUCCCCAACACUAGACUCUCAAGAAGUAUACAAAUGAAAUACCCAGUUCACGUCAAGGCACGUAAACGGCAAGAAAAGCGCAGCUUCAGAAAUUCCCCUCUUCCUGGGAGCUUUCUUCCUCAGAACUUGCUUCAGCACCUGCGUAACAGUCACGGGGCUCGUGCACAGCUAGGCGCUUCCAGGCGCAAGCUGGUUUUUUUAGCAUUCAACAUCAUGAUUGUAAUAAUGUUGUCCACCAUUGGGAUGGUAAUCUGCCGGCAUGUCCUGGCAAUUGUUGAGGAAGCUCUGGAUACGAUAAUGGAGAAGCUGACUGGUGAGAAGCUAUGGUCUGAGUUUAUGGGUGUGGAGUCAAGGAUAGCAACAGUCAGCACCAUUUUUGUGCUGUAUCUUGUAUCUGCUUCAAUGGUGCGGUUCUUUAAACUCUUCAGACAAAUUGACAACUAAACGUAAAAAUGAUUGUGCAUUUAUACCUAAAUUUAUUACCUAAUGCUGCAUUGUACACUAAACGAAGUAGUUUUUUUAAUAAGCAUUUUUGUUUUGUUAAUUAUCAGAAUUAACAAGGAAUGUUUAUUUGAAAAUAACAGAUUAUGCUGAUUUUACGUAAGAGUGGGGUUUGUAAUUCUAAAGACUUCCAAUAAAGCGUGUAUACAGUUUUAGACAUAAGCAAGUUUGUAUAUAUCAUUGUAGUGGGAUGCUAUGUGUUGAAAUAAACUGAAUAUAAAACAGAUCCCAACCUAAAUGUCAUUGUGUGAAUUGACUUAUAGCCAUUGCCAGUUGUAGUGUCCAUGUUUGCCCAAUUUGUGAAAUUUGUUUCCAGGCUUUAUCUGUAUGUUUAUAAAUGCUUUUGGAGUGACUGCUAUCUUAUUGAACAAGUAUUUUAUACAUCUAUGUGAAUAUAUAAACUGCUCUUAAAGUUUACUAUCAGUGUUGACAAAUCUAUUUUGUGAAUAAAAUUUCCCACAAAAUCCAAAGCUGGGGGCUAUGUAACAUUGGAUGCAGAGAUGUCAGACAGUAAGAGGUCAUUGGUUGUAAUAUUUUGCAAUUUCAUUCUAAGGUAUUCGUGUAGCAUGGCUACAUCCUAGGCUACCUUUAUUUUUAAAGUUUCUGUUUCUGGCAAUCUUUAUCCCUAAUGAAAUUAGGGCAGCCCAAUGUGGUCCAGCUCCUGUCAGCAAUACGGUGAGGGUUGGCUGUCCUGGGUUUAGCACUCAUUAUAGCAUGCUGUUCUUUCUCUGCAUGUGGCAUCUGUUUACAGACCUGGCUGCCUUGCCUGAUAUAACUUAAGUUGCUGUCUUAGUGCUAACACCAAUUUUGUUACCCCCAGCUUCCAUGAAAUAGUUUGACUGUUAAAUUUCGGUUACAUCUUUUUCAUUUUUAUCUGUUUUGUUACUAUGCAUGCAAUCUCUAGUUCUGUAGAGUUUUAAAAUUUUCUUUUGUUUUGUUUUACACAUUUUUAUGCAGUUAGUGUUAGAAGUUCAAUGUUGUUCAUGAUUGCAUUGUCUCCCCUGUUAAGACUGGCCUCAGAUGUGAUAGAUGGUAUUGCUAUCAUCUGGAUAUUAUUAGUAAUACUGUAUAAGUUAUUCAUUUUCAAGCAUUAUCAGGUCUCAUUACUUGUUUGCUUUUGUAUGUGGAUAACAUCUUAGCUCUUGCAUAACAGACUGACAAAGUCUUUCAUAAAUUAAACGAUAGUUUAGAUGUUUUUCACAGCCGUGUGUGCAAGAAGUCAGGAUCCUUUUGAACAGCUUGUGUAUGUCUCUGGCAUAGUUUAAAAUGUCUUUUCAUAGAAUUCUCUAUUCUCUGAUUAAGAAAAUUUUUUAGUGAAGUGUACAAAAGGAAAGUUCUUUUUUUUUGUUUAAGCAUUCUGUCAAAGUGUGCUUUGUGACAAUUUAUGUCCAUAAGUCCAUAACUUAUCCUUCAUUAUAUUAAAGACUGUCAUAAAUUAUUUUCUAUUAGUUUUCAUUUCUAAAUGUUUUUAAGUUUCUAUGUUUUCAUUGAAUAACAUUAAGA